AUGGAAUUAUUUGUAUUAGUUCGGCCAGUUUUAUUCAUAACUUUUUUUUAUAUAUUAUUAAACAUAGUACAUGACAAUCUUCUUUUGAUAAAAUUAAUGGACAGUUAUUCUUAUACAUAUUUAUGGAAUAUAUUUAAAUUUAAAAAUAGAAAAAUACUGAGCGAAUUAUCAGAAAUACAAUUGGAAGACAAUGAAAUAGAAGAUUUUAUUGUUAAGAAUAAUGUACUAUAUUCGAAUGAUUUUUUAAACAUAAUAGAUUCUUCACUUUUUGAAAAUUACGACAAUAUAAAUUUGGAAGAAUAUAUUUUAAAUUUUGAUCAUAAAAAGGAAGGACGUUCUUCAGAUGAAAAUAUCCUAAUAUGUAAAGGCGCUUUAUAUAAUCAUCAUGGUGAUAAAAAGUUAGAUAAGUUACUAGAAAUACCUCAUGAUGACGUAUCCAAUGAACUGUCGAGAAUGAUAUCUGACGAAAGUUCUGAUGGAGUACUGCAUCAAUUGAUUGAUGAGAAUUCUAAAAAGUCAUCAAGUACCUUAACUAGUGAAAUGACAGAAGAUGUAAAAGAUAAAAUUUCUGAAGAAAUAUAUGAAAAAAUUAAUGACGAAUUAUCUGAAGAAAUUUGUGAUGAAACAUUAGAAGAUAUUUACAAAAAACUUUGUCAUAUGAUCAAUGUGAGAGCAUUAAAAAAGAAAUUAAAAAAGGAUAAAGAAAAAAAGGUUGGACGUAAUAUAAAAAAAUAUUAUUCAUCAAAAAUGACACAAGAAACUUAUAAAAGAGGAUAUGAAAAAUGUAUUUCCAAGGAAGAUAUGGAAUAUGUAAUAAAUUUAAUAUUAGAAAAGAAUAAAGCAAAAUCGGCAGGUGUAAAUGUAUCAAGUAAUGUAGUAAAAGUGAAGACAAGAAAUGUGGGAAAGAAUAAAAGAGAAGAUAUAAAAGUCGUUCAGAAAAAAACUGUAAAAGGAUAUUCAAAAUGUGAAGCAGGAAAAUCGAAUGUGGAUCUAAUAAAAGGAUUAACGAAUAAAAUUUUAGAAAAAGUGCAUAAUGAUGAAAUGUUAAGGAAGAAAUCAAAAGUGGUGGUAAUAGGGAACAAUAAAAUUGAUGUGUAUAAAAAAGGUAUGGAAUAUGAAAAAGAGACACUAAAAAUAGAUUCUGAUAUAUCUAAAAUGAACUUUGAGAAAAAUUCAGAAAAAUCAAAAGAAAAGGAAGUCGAAGAUACCAAAAGGAAGAAAUUAGAACAAAAAAUUGCAUUUGAAAAUUAUAAGAAAAAGGAAGAAAGAAAAAAUUGUGAGAGGAUUAAUAAGUUAAAAGAAAAUGAAAAUAAUGAUUUUUUUUUUUUUAAUAAUGAUUAUUCGUAUUUAAAGAGAGAAGGAAUUUUAUACAGUGCAAAUGAUCAUAAUUAUAAAACGAGAUUGAAAACAAAGGAACAACGGAUUUCUGAAGAAAAAGAAAAGCAUAAUAUUACACAACCCUCAGAUUACAAAACUUUUUCUUUGAGUACAAGAAAAAAGGAAAGACCAAAUAUAAUAUUUAAAGAAAAUGAUGAAUAUGAUAAUACACCUAUAUCAAUUGUUCAAAUGAAUAAUUCUAUUAAUCCUUUAGUAUGUAGUCAUCAUAAUAAAGAAAUAUUAAAUGAAGGAAAUAAUGAAACUAACAAUUCUGAAAGGGCAUCAUUUGAUAAUAUAUAUAAUGAUAUUAGGAAGGAAGAAAAUGUUGAAUCAUUAGGUGAAUCAUUUUUAGUAUUAAACGAUAAAAGAAAUGAUGAAAGAAAUAAUGAAGGAAAUAAUAAAGGAAAUAAUGAAGGUAAUAAUGAAGAUAAUAAUGAAGGAAAUAAUAAAGGUAAUAAUGAAGGAAAUAAUGAUACUAACUAUUUUGAAAAGACAUCAAUUAAUAAUGUAUAUAAUGAUAUUAGCAAUGAACAAACGUUUCAAUUAAUAGAUGAAUCAAUUUUUGCAUUAAAUCAUGAAAUAAAUAAUGAAAGAAAUAAUGAAGAGAAUGAUGAAGGAAAUAAUAAAGGGAGUGAUGAAGGAAGUAAUAAAGGGAACGAUGAGAGAGAUAAUGAAACAAACAAUGAAGUAAAUAAUGAAGGGAAUGGUGAAAUACAUAAUGAAGACCAUGAUGAAGAAUAUGAUGAUAGUGAUUCUGAUGAUGAUGAUUAUGAAGAAUCACUUUCAUCAUCUGAUGAAUGGUGUAAUGAUGAAUCUAGUGAGGACGAAAGUGAUGAAGAAAUGUAUGAUUAUAAGGUAUCAUCUUCUGAAUUGACUAAUUUGUUGAAUUGA